AUGGCGGCCAACCACCCACUGCUCAACCCGACGGGUUACUCGGAGGUAGCCGCCAGGCUGAAGCAGCACCGCUUCUCGCCCUACACGUUGCCGGGUAGUCCUGUGGCGGCGACGGCGUCGCAGCAGUCUCCCUUCCGGUUCCGGCCUGGCGGCGGUGGCUUCUUCGACGAGGACGGCUCCCCGCCGCCGCCGGACGCGCGGUCGCCUCUCGAGACCUUCCCGAGACAACACCAGCGGCACCCGACACCACCUUCGUCGACGACUCCGCCUCCUCUGAUACCGGACUGCGGGGCGUCGUCCGCCGCUCCUUCGUGCUCGAGCAAGCCCGGUACGCCGGUGAACUCGGACGACGGCGGCUGCAACUCGUCCUCGGAGGGUUCUUCCUGUAGGAGCGCCUCCGGUGGUGGGUUCGCCUCCGGCGUCUCGCUCGCCGCUGCUACGUCGUCAUCGGCGGCGUCGAGGAAGCGCGCCUCACCUCCGCCCUUGUCGUCGUCGCGGUCCACCUCGAACGACCUGAGGAGCAUCGAGAACAUUGUGAACGGACUCGAACAGCGUCGCAGAGACUCAAUGGCCGCCGCGGCUGCGGCUGCCAUGGCGGCCGCGCAACAGGACAGCAAGGCCGGUUGCUAG